AAACCCAUUAUACUUUCCUCGCAAAUAAAGCAAUCAAUCAAGCUCCAGUCGUCACUGUUUAAUCCUUUCUUAAUUAUUAUUCGAGCCUUUAACUGUAAGUUUGAUAAAGCAGUACAAAAGGAGAGCCUUUGCCACUGGAUAUUUUCGGAGAUUGAAAUAGCUUCAGUGCAUUUAUUGAUAGGUUUCAUAGGUUAUUUUACGAAGGGUUUUAAGAACAAAUGGUUUUGGAGAAUAAUGGAUAACGGAUCGUUGAAUGAAGGUCCACGGGAAAUCUCUUCAAUCUGGACUCAUAUCAAUGAUCCAGUGGAUGGAGCGGUUGAAUCUGAUAACAAAAUUUUAUUUUUUGUUGGAAAACACUACUACAUUUACCAUGGGCGCCAACUGGAAAACAUCAAAUCGCUGAAUACGCUCGGUCUUCCUGAUACUAUUAAGCGGAUUCGCUUGGUUUACAAAUGGAAUUACUGGACAGAAAAACCUAUUUAUAUAUGGACAGAUGAUGAAUUCUGGCGAGUUGAUAAAUCCGGGAAGGUCGAGAUUGGUUAUCCAAGAAAGAUCUCAACUACUUGGCAUAAUGUACCCAAAGGAGCAAGUGCCGCUGUUACAUUUAAAAAUCGUAUGACUUUUUUAAAUGUUACUAAUAGGCAAAAUGACUCUCCAGGAGAAUUUUUCUCAUUUUUUCGCAGUAAUUCGAAUUCCUUUCCAGUGGCACCUUCAAUCUAA